AUGAGCGGCCCCGUCCUCGCCCUCACGGCCUCGCCCGCCGUGCCCGACCCGGCUCGCUCCUCCGGCAACCACCCUCAAUCCUCCUCCCUGCUGCCGCAUUCCAGUGCAUUCGCCCCCGAUCUUUUCGCCGGCCUCGCACACCCGCUCCCCAGUUUCACUGCGCCUGCAAAGGCCCCGCGCGACCGCUCCUUCAGUGUCAAGAGCCUCCCGAGCCUCCCCCUCUUUGGCGACGGCGUCUCCCUCGACUUCCACGCAGACAUCGACACCUCCUUCUCUCUCUCCUACGCAGACAUCGCGCAGUCCUCCGAUGAUAUCCACGCCCGCUCCCGACCCAGCAUCUCAGCAUCGGGCCUGGCGCCCAGCUUGCAUACAAUGGGCAGCAUGAGCAAGCGGCGCUCCAUCCUUGCUCGGCCGGUCUCCUGGAUGCCCGUAUCAAGAUCCUCUCCGGAGUGGGACGAGUCCGACCUCCCCGGCGCUCCCAGUGAGGCUGAUCACUCGUCGUCAAAUGCUACCAAAUCAACUGCUUCGAGCCGACUCGACCCCCGGGACUUGCAGGACAAGCCUAGAGCCGUCUCCGGUUCGCUCACAGCCGCAUUUGCGCGGCGUUCAUGGCUGGGCAGCUCCGCAAGGAGUCCGUCUCCAAACAAACAGGAUGAUGGCGCUUUACAACCCGAUCUUUCUGCGCCACCUCAUGUGGCACUAGGUUCCGUACAAGAAAGUCCCAAGGCACUCACACGGUCAGCCACGGAGACGUCGCUCCAAAAGCUCAAAAAGUCAGCACGCCGCGGUUCUGGCGGUCUUGGUAGCGGAAACGAAGGCAGCAAGUCGACCGAAUCAAUGGGCAAGCUUGGAGGCUACUUUUCGAGGAAGAAACAACAAAUUAUACCGUCAAAAGUGCCCCUGACCCUGAAUCAGGAAAGCGCCGGCUCGUCCACCACGAGCCUGGCCCCGCCUUCUAUCGAAGCUCGUCCUUCUCAUGCCUCGGAAACCAGCAAUAGCACCGCGCCAGACGACUUUACAAUCGCUAGCACACCGGCUGCACUCCGUGACCCUUUAUGGUCACUUUUCAAAAGUCUGGAUACUGAUUUUGCCAAGUUCCAGGCAAAGCCCGUCAGCGCCAAAGCGACCGUCGUGCGCGGUACACUGCUGCCAUUCCUCCGCAAGUUCCGCUUGCAUCCUUCCAACAAACAGUUGCGCCCUACCGAGCUUGAAAAGCGAGCCGUCAUACUCAACAAGUGGUGGACCGGUAUUCUCGACAUGCUUCAAGGGAGCGAUCAGCAUACCGUACCAGGCGUUGACAAGCCUUGUCUCUACGAAGCCGCCACUUUACUCAUGAUCCGCCCGGAAUGGCGUUUCAGCACCUCAAGCUUUUGUGCUCUGACCGACCGUAGCCCGAAGGAAAGGCUUCGCAAACGGGUGCGGUCGCCCCCAAGUGGCUCCUCAUCCGAAUCACUCGAAUCUAGUGAGGCGUCAUUCGUGGCCGACUCAGCAGACCACAACGUGCGGACCAUGUUCACGACGAAGCUUGUCGCCCAACUUGUCCUGAUUAUCGACAAACUGUCCCACAGACAUGCGCCGCUCAGCCUUGUGAACUUUGCUGGAAAAGCCUGCGCUUAUGCAUUCUUCUUCUGUCCGGACGUUGCAGCCGUGCUCGUUAGGCUUUGGGGCCUCACGCCAGAUAUGAUUCGCCGCGUGGUAGACGAGUUUGGACUUCCACGAAGAAGUAAAAACGAGAGCGAUGACAUUGUGGCGCUUUUCCCUCCCAAUUUGGAGGAUCUUGGCUGGUCGUCUGUCAAAUCAAGCGUUGACUCGCUCAAACGACCUGCGCCUCUGCCACUUGGAACGACCAAAACCCAAUGGCACGGCCCUUGGGUCUCCCGGUGGAAAGGAAGAGACAGCGACCUGUUCUUCGUCUUCUGCAAGUACUUUUUCAUCCUUGCCGAAGAAUUCAUCCCCCCCGGGUUACCUCUCGUCGAAAAAGCUCGUGCUCCUGCCUUUGUGCUUGUCAACAGCCAGAUCCUGUCCGUUCUUGACUCGACGAUUCAUCGACAAGCUGCUGUCGGUGUUCUUCCCGGCCCAGGACUCAUGGAUGCUGAUCAGGGCGCUGACACGUCUCUGCUGUCCAUAUUGCCGUCACCAAACAACAAUGCAUUCAAGGGCAUGAGCGAGAACCGCCUCAUCGUUCUGCUCCGCGAUUUUCUUCAUAUCCCCACACAGAGCAUUUCAGAAGCCCGACACACUUUCGCGGAAGCUUUCAUGUCAAUCAUGAAAUCCACUGCGAAGCGCACGUCGCAAUUCAAUCAUAACGCAUGUUUCACGAUAUGCGACUUCCUCGAGGAAGCGCUACCCAUAUACGCAGAGUUCGCAAGAUUUGACGAUACCGGGGUCAUUUACUGUGAUUGGAAUUUCUGGCUUGAUGUCCUUCGCAAGAUCUUGGAGUCGAACAAUACCAUGUCCGAGAUCAGAGUUUUGUCUCUACUGUUCUCCAUCUGGGACACGGUCGUCAGCGACCCAUCUCGCAAGGAUACCGUGUGUCACGACUGGCUUAUAUCGGAGGAAGUGUUUAGCACGUUCUUCAACAAUUGGUGUCCAAUGGUACGAGCAUACUACAUGCGACUAUUAUGUUGGAGAAUCUGUAGGGACACUGGUGCUGCGAAUGAGGCUAAUGCGAGAAUCUUCCUGGCUGUAUGGGCUCGAUUGAAAAUGGUCUGGUCUCAUUACUUGUGGCUUCGUCAGUCAGCAGAGAACGAAGGGAAGUUCCCCCCUUCGACCGCACCGUCAUAUCCAACUCCUGGAAAGCGCUUCAUGAUCAUCAGGCAUGAAGUACCUGCUCCUCAGAACGGUCUGCUUGUCGGGUUUGAUCAAUUCUCGCCCCAGAGCUCGCACGCCGAUGUUCCGAGCGGCCCUGCCACAUCAUUCGAUGCAAUACAUAUCCCCGAAGCCGAGGCGCCACCGCAGUACAAGAAGAAAUGGGGGCUAUUUGGCAAAGUAAUGUCUCUCUCAGGUAGCAACCCUGCACCAGAAGACCUCGAGUCACUCCGUCGCGAGACUGCCAAUGCGCGCAUGAGACCCCUUCCCCCACCAAAGGCGCCGAUUUCGUCAGAGCCUUACCAGAUCACCGCCUCCGAUGCCGACAGCAUGGGCUCUUCUCCGACUUACGAAGCGGUGCAGUACAUAUUCAAGUUCACUUUGUCUUGGAAUGCCCCCGGCACGCCUCACCCUCUACCCCGAUUACUAGGACGGCCGCGGCUCCCUGGUCCUGCACAGGCCGUAGUCAAUUCCCGCGAUCGUAGCGGAGCUCAGGGGCAACUUCCUGCAGCGAGCCGCCCAGCAGCACACCGAGCUGUCUCCGGCAGUGUGAGUGCGGGGCUCAUUGAGGCAGCGAGAAACGCCUUGCCCAUUGACGAAGAGGCUACUCCUCGCCGUCCCUCUGAUACUAUGGAGCCGCCGGUCAACGCGGACAGUACAGUCGCCGUCGACAUGGCGCGCAAUGAGGCUCGCAAUACCAUCACACAAAACUCGUACAUGAUGGUUGAGCCAAAGACCGAGCCUAUGCAACCAUCAGGUCAUUUCGCGCUCGGCGUCAAAUAUGCUGGUCGGGCUCUUGCAGAGUGGGGUCUUGUGGUAGGCGAGUACAAUGGCUUCGUGGACAGACGACGUGAUGAAGGUGUCAUGGGUCUCAGCGAGAUCGAGGUACCAACGUUGGGUGUCGAAGGCUUUCGCAAGCACUGA